CAACCUGAAUCAUACUCUGGCUGGCAAAACGGUGCUGCAAGAGGAUGACGAAUGGGAUCGAUCAACGAUCAACAUGCAACUCCACGCUUUUCACACCGACUUCUAAACACAAUCCCCUCCAUCACAGCACAGGUUUCUAACAUUUCGACAGACAAGCUAGCGAUCUCUCUCCUGCCUUUGAAGCUCCUUGAAAUAGUAAAUGACGGAAGUCUGAGACGCAUGCUGGGUGAACGAUACCUCCCGUGAAGACGGACGAUGGACCAUGCUCGCUUUACGUCUCGCCGACGGAGCGGCCAGGUCUAGGAGAGAGCGAGGCGGUAUCAUUUGCCCCUGGGAGGUAGAAGGGAUGGAUGACGACCUAAAGGGAGGUCUCACGGCCCUUACUGGCAGCGGGCAAGAAGCCGGCAAUGCAGAAGAGCAAGCUGGGAGAUCAGAAUUGGCUGUUCGUGAUGCCGAACCAAACGAUCCUUCGGGAGUGUCUCAAACCGGAUCUCUAGAGAACUCUGAGGAGAAGCUCUUUCCUGAGCGGGUCCACGCUGUCAUCUUCCCCCAAACCGAUCGACCGCUGAGGACAGGUCGUCGAAGGGAGACCGGGUUUCCAGGCCCGGUUACCGCCCAAACCAUCUCGCACACCAUCGACCAGCUCAUCGCACAAGAAAGAACGGUUGCUGGACAAGGCUACUUUCAUACGCCUCAAGAGCUAUUGGGUUUGCCUGAAGCCACCAAGAAACCGACCGGAAGCUGGGGUUUUGAAGAAGCUCUCGUCAAGCGUUUCCCAGCGCUUCGGAAACGCAACUUUGCUUGCGUGCAGGAACAUCAGGCCACAUCCUAUCAUUUCGACCUGAGACUGCAGAUUGACGGGGGUACCUUUUCCUGGGCGGUACCUAAGGGUUUCAUCGAUUUGAAACCUGGUUCAUGGCAUUACGCUGUGCAGACUCCAGUGCAUCCUAUCAGCUAUACUGUACAUGAAGGCAGUGAUGGCAGAGUAUUCAAGAAUGGUACACGCUGUGGUACCUUACUCUGGGAUAUAUGCUUGUAUAGCAUCGGAUCGCCCAACAUCGACCGUGAACAAAGUCCUGAGAGCGACAGAGAAGAGUCGGACGAACUUGGCAAGUUCGAAGAAGACAAGCUGAGGCAUGCUCUGUACGGUCGUUUGCCAAGAGCAAAGAAAUCGAGGUACAUCAAGCUAGUACUAAAGAACGGACGCAAGUUCACAUACCACUCAUUCACCAUCUUUCAAACCGACGCGACGUACGAUUCUCGCGGUAAUCCGAAGAAACAAUGGAUCAUCAAGCUGGGCCACGGAAUCACUGAACCGCACCAGUAUCCCAAGGAUGCGAUGAAGAGCGUCAAGACGGGCAGGCUGCUGGAGCAGGUGACCGCUGCUGGUCCGCAUUAUUGGGUACCCAGGCCUGAUGAGCAAUUGACCAACGUCGAAGAGGGCGAUCUCGGCGACCUGCAAUAGGAGACAUUUGCCGCUUGUGCAUGUAACGGUUUGGUUUCUAGAAGCGAUCAUCUCAUUGAUUCUGCUCAUUGUCUGUACAACGGCACGAAAUCGCUUAUCGCAGCUUCUUGUCUGCAAAGUAGUGCUAAAGAAAGCAGGAUGUCAGAUCACAGUCCGCUCAGCUGACAUACUAGAGGGUAGCCGUAUGUAGACAAACUCACCUUGAGAUAUCUCAUCUCGGCCACCGCUACACCAAUCAAGACCACGAUUUGCCACACGCUCCACCAAACUGCUCGCCCAUUGACCCUCUCACUAGCAUCUCUAAAUGUAGCUUCAAUCUCUCGCUGGUAUUGUUGCUCCCUUCGAACGGCCGAGACGCGGUCGU